GCAUGCCAGCUCGUAAGAAGUUUGUCUAUCACUUGAUAAAACCGUACGAAGGGUAAACGCGGAAGAAUGGAGAAAUCACGUUAAUGACGUCGUUAUGCUUAUUCAUCUACAGGAAGGAUUUUAUAACUUUGUUUCAUAACACUUGGGGCAUGUUGCGCCAGAGCAGUACAUGUAACCGAGGCGCUAUUGUUCUUCUUCACUUGUCACUCUGUUCACUGCAUUGACGGCACGGUCUGGUGUAUUUUUAUUUUUAUUUUUAUUUUUUAAAAAGAUAUAUAUAUAUUUUUUUAUGAUAGACUAUUCAUACUGACCAAAAACUCGCAAUAGCGUCAAAUAAUGUCAAAGAAAACUUUUUGCGUAGAGAAACACUUCACUGCGGCCGCCACUGCGCUUCUGCUGCUCGGCUUCAUUUCAUCAUUCAGAGCAGAAACGGCUCCAUCCUGUCAUGGAGCUUACGACCUCUACUUCGUGUUGGACAGGUCGGGAAGUGUCUCGAAAAAUUGGGUUCAGAUCUAUGAGUUCGUGAGAAAUCUCGUAGACCGCUUUGUGAGCCCCAAUAUGAAGGUUUCAUUCAUUGUUUUCUCAACAAGCGCAGAAAUAAUUUUGCCAGUCACUGGAGACAGAGCAAAGAUUGAGGAAGGCCUACAGAAACUGAGUAAAGUUAUACCUUCAGGUGAAACAUAUAUGCAUGAAGGAAUUAUAAAGGCAACUGAGCAGAUGAAAGAACAAACCCAAAAGUCUUCAAGCAUCAUAAUUGCUUUGACAGAUGGGAAGCUUGAUGUAUAUGUCCAUGAACUUACUGUAAAACAGGCAGAAGUAGCAAGGCAGUAUGGAGCUCGUGUAUAUUGUGUUGGUGUUAAGGACUUUGACAAAGAUCAGCUGGCUGAUGUGGCUGAUAGUACAAAUCAAGUCUUCCCAGUCAAUGAUGGCUUCCAGGCUCUCAAAGGAAUUGUUAAUUCGAUCCUAAAACGGUCAUGCACAGAGAUCUUAACAGUGGAGCCAUCCAGUGUCUGUGUGAAUCAGUCUUUUGACAUGGUCCUCCAGGGGAAUGGAUUUAUGCAGGGGAGAGUCCAAGACGGAGUCCUUUGCCGCUUCCUGGUGGAUGGUCAAACUUACACUGAGAAAUCAACCACAGUGCGAGAUGACUAUGUGCUCUGUCCUGCGCCAAUGCUUCAGUAUGCUGGACAAAAAAUGGAAGUUCUCAUCAGCUUGAAUGGGGGCAAGUCCUUUGUUACAAGUCCCUUCACCAUCACUGCGUCAACUUGUUCGGAUGGUACCAUCGUGGCCAUUAUAUUUCUGGUGCUGUUGCUCCUCGUUGCUCUGGCUCUCAUGUGGUGGUUCUGGCCUCUCUGCUGCACUGUGGUUAUUAAAGACCCACUUCCUCCAAGACCUCCUACUCCACCACCUCAACCAGAGGAGAGUCCACUUCCCAAAAAGAAAUGGCCAACUGUGGAUGCUUCUUAUUAUGGAGGAAGAGGAGCAGGGGGUAUCAGACGCAUGGAGGUUCGCUGGGGUGAGAAAGGUUCAACAGAGGAGGGGGCGAGACUGGAGAAAGCCAAGAAUGCAGUGAUUUCAGUACCAGAAGAGGUGGAACAGCCGAUGAUCAAAAAGCCCAAACCAUCUGCACCUGCCUACCAUCAAUCUGAAACUAAAUGGUACACUCCAAUCAAGGGUCGUCUGGAUGCACUAUGGGCUCUACUGCGGAGACAGUAUGAUCGCGUUUCCCUCAUGCGACCCACUACUGAAGAUAAGGGACGCUGCAUGAAUUUCAAUCGAGUCCCUCAUCACUAGACAGACUUCAGUCAUCAAAAUGUAUGGAAUGAGAAAAUAUCAGAGAAAAAAAAAAAACAUAAAAAAAAACAGUUUAAAUUGUUUUUUUGUUUUUGGAUUUUCUUUUUUCUUUUUUUGAGACAAUGUCCUUUGUCCAUUGGCCAUUAUAUUACAGCAUGUAUUAAGUUAAUGAUCUUUUUGUUGAUCAUAUCGCCCGUCUCAUUCCACCUGAAACUGGUUCCCUUUCUAAAGGCUUAAAUUUUGAUUUUCCUAAUUAUUUAAGCUUAAUUUCUGAAACAUGUUUCAGCCCGAUUCGGACAGUAUUUUUAUGCACACCAAGGGCUUAACAUAUUCUGACCAUAUUGUGCCUUAUGUGGGGGGGCGGGAAAAAAAGAAGAAGCAAAUUUUAAGUACACAGACGGAGGCUACUUUAGAGGGGAAAAUAAAAAGAGGAAAGUCUGUUUGCCGUUGGAGUUAAUAAUCCCAGUAGGCUUGGUGAGUGCAGAAAGUCCAGUGCCUCUUGGCAAUGUCUCACCACAAAGCCACUCCAGUAUCUCCCAGUGCCUGGCGGGACUUCUCUGACUGCAGAUCCUGUCAUUUUAACACUGAGAAGUGCACACGCAUGACAAACUAUAGACAGAAUGCCCUAAGGUCUGGACACGCUAGGACUUUGCCCUUUAGUUUUGUGGAGACACCUUUCCAUCAUCGUGCACUCAGGAAUAGAGAAAUUAACAGAGCGUUAUUUCACCACGAGACAUCACAUGACCAAAGAAGCUACUUUUGGUGGACUUUAAGAGCUCUGUGCCUUUUUUUGUCACUUUUUUUUUCGUCAAUAAUACAUUGACUAUCAAGAUUCAUACUGGAAAAGGCGCCGACUUUUAACAUAGUGAUAUAGAUAUAGCUGUCGAGCCACUGCAAGAUUUUUCAAAUCUCUGGCUUAAAAGUAUCAUACUUAAUUAAAAUAAUUAAAGGCAAGAGCAAGCAGCAGCCUGCGAAGCAUGUGCUCAUCUUUUUUAUGCCUUCUGACACUGAAUGACCCAUUACUCUAUCUGCAUCAAAUGGAAUUAAAAGACCCAUCAUGCAAAACCCAAAAUGCGAAUUCGGAAAGGGUGCCAAAUGAACGAGUAUUGUUCAUUUCCAGAUAUUAUCCUCAUCACACACACGCAAAAGCAGGCGAUAUAUAGUAUUUGUGCAUUCGUCCGACGCGCUGUCAUGACGCCGUUCAGGAAAUGAUGCCAGUAUGGAUAGAAAUGCCAUCGGGGGGGAAAGAGGGCAGCAGCUGAGGGGAAAAAAAAGGCUCGAACAAUCCAGUCACUUUGGAUGCACUACUUCAGAUGCAGAAUGGAUAUUCGAGUGGAAAUCUGACAAAGCGCGCCAGCUUUGAUGGGAAGCAGUAUAGACAAUGACCAGUGGCUGGGUCAGUGGGAUGUCUCGAUGCAAGCAGGGAAGCUUAUCAAAUGACACUAAAAAUAAGUUCAACAACCAUCAAGUUUAAGGGGGGAACGGAAAAGGGGUGCAGGCGCUUCUAUUCGGUGUGCAGGCGAGAGCACGCCGCUCUAAUUAUUCCUUUGUUGUCUUCAUUUGAAAUUUAAAAGCCGUGAUUUUCUCCUCAGGCCGCAAACCAAAAAAAGUCUUGAAAUAAACAUCAAAAAAUAAAGAAAAGAAAAUGUUUUUGCAUUUAGGAACAGCUAAACUAAUUUUUAGGAUAACAUGUACAAAAAUUUUAUUUCUUUUUCUUAUUUUAUCUUAUGUCACAGAUUCAUGAACUGUUAUUCAUCAUAAUUAGAUAUUUACACAGCGCUAACACAGUUUUUUAUUAUACUAUCUUAGCAUAUAAAAGUUAGCAGCACAUUCUGCCUUGGUCUCUCCAGUGCAAUGUUUUGGAGCACUUAAAGGGUUUUUUGUUUGUUUGUUUGUUUGUAUUUUUUUUUUUUUUUUUUUGGUCAUAGCAUUUUUUAAUUUGUAAAUGUUUUUUUUUUUUUUUUAAAUAUACGUACAGAGUAUUUUUUCAUUCUUUUUUUCUUUUAAAUGCAUUUUAUAUUUAUGUUUCAUAAUCAACCCAUUGAGUCUCUAUUUUUUUUGUGUGCACAAUAAUUUACUUUCACAGGGAUUAGUGGCUUCACUUAAACUGAAAUGCCUCAUAUCCCUGUUUUGCACCUUUUGCAUUUACAAGAGUGAAAUUUAAAAAAUAUUUCUGUGUGUAAACUUCAGUAAACAUCACCAUCAGCAUGAAAAUCUGUCAGUUUUAUUAUAAUGAUUUAAUGUGAUUUUAUAUUCAUUUGAACUCAUUCAUUUUAAAGUGACAUGCAAAUCACAUGGUAAAAACAAAUACUAUGAAUCAGUAUAAUAAUAAUUAUUAACAGAAAAUGUUAAAUAUAUUUUAAUGAAAAUAAUCAACUAAUUAAAAAUGUUCAAUUAAAGGAAUCAACAUAAGAAUGCACUAUUCUGUUAUUACCAUUUUUGUUUUUAUGAAUUUAAAUCUAUGAUAAUGCUGUGAUUUUAAACACUGAAUGUGUAAUUUAAUUGGCUUCAAAAGAGAAAAAAGUGUGUAUUUUUAGGAAUAAUUUAUUUAACAAUAACAUACAAGUUCAUGUGGAUCUACUCCAACCUUACCAUGAUACUCCGUUUAUGUCCUUUUUUAAUAUUCCAGUAACUCUCAAUCAUAUUAAAUAUUGCUAAUAUUGUUGAUAUGUAUAAUGAAAAUGUGAAAAAUGAGUGGAAACAAGUUUGCCGGGUGAUGCCUUACAGAGGGCAUUGUUUCUGUUUGUAAGUAAACCAAUAAAAGUUUAUACAUUGCAGCAGUAUUCACAGAUAUAGUACUAUGUUUCACGUGUGCUAAAAUAUCCUGUAUUCACAAAAUACCGCUAUUCAUUGUGAGUGAAAUCCAUCUUCAUGGAUCUUUGCUGAAACAUUUCAUUUGCAUUAUUGUUCUGUCCAUUUGUAUGAAAUAAAUGUAGCUAUAUUUUGCCAA